GGCAUAAAGAGAUAUUCCUCGUUGCCCAGCAUAUGAGCCCGUUCAACUCUCUGAACCAGCCAGACAUUAUCACACACAACAGCUUCAACAUCACAGGAGUUGCAGCAAAGCCAGAACGUUAUGCUGACAAUGUUACAAGCUGAAAUCGCAGCCGCAACUGGAACUGCACGAUCGAUAUGGUGGGACGCGCAUAGUGAUGCAACGCAAGCAACUGUCAAGAACCUGAAGCUUCAGUGGAAAUUCAGCGCCAAGUAUCCACAGUUUCCAAAUGGCGACAGCUACGAUCAGGUGUCCAUGUUACCGAGGACUCACCAGCUAUGGACUGCCGGGGAGACCCAGACCUGCAUUAAAGCACUCCAAAGGGGUGACCUCUUUGCAGCUGCGUGGGAGCCUGAUCUUGCUUCGGAGCAUCAUUCAGAUGAAUCUUCAAGUGCGUAUAAGUCUGCCUCGUCAAUCAGCUCUCGCAACGGUGCAGAAAACGAUGGAUCCAACUAUCGCUCAAGGUCUGAUACCCCAGCUGCUGUGGAGUCGCCCGCAAAAUGCCAUAGGGACCUUAUAACACCAAAACAUUAUCAGAGGGUCAUGGACCGCUUGAGGACUCUCCUCAAAAAUACCACCGGCUACAGCUUCCCUGCGAAACAAAACGGCCAUCUCCUGUAUGACAACCCCUCCGGAAAAGGGGCCUACAAAUGGUGCUUCUCCGACAAAUUCCGUCGUUUUCCACAGAAUGCUCCUUCAAAAUGGACAACCGCUCACUGCCGCCUAGUCGAAGAAGCUCUCGACAGAAACUGGCUCUCGGUCACCCCCCUUCCCGGCACCAGGAACAGCGACUCACCCGUACCCAUGCCCGAGCACACCCCAACCCGCCCUCCCCGAGCCACAACCACGCCGCAGAGACCAUCCCCGAACCAACCCACCCCGUCAAUUUCCGCGGCCCCAAAUCCCAACAACGAACAACCCAAAAACCCAAUCCCAGCACUUCUUACCACCCUCAACCGCGACCUAACAAGCGCCUACAACCGCACCCUCACAACCCUAACAACCACACUCCUCGCCUCCACUACCACGCAUCACACUUUCCUCAGCUCCUCCCUCUCCCGCCUCUCUAGCGCCCUCGCUUCCCAGCGCUCAACUGAUCAUUCCUCCGAGAUCGCUACCAUGAAACAGCAAAUCGCUGCCACGCAAUCGGACGACGCGAGGGAAGCCGAGCUCGCCCAGGCCCGCGCCGAAGGCGAUGUGGCGGGGCAGCAGAGGGCGAUUAAGGAAAUCGGCGAUAUACAGGAUGGGCUACUGAGGAGUCAUCUCCAGGAACUUAUGAGGGUGAGAAGGGAAGCGAGGAUGGAGGGGUAUGGGGCCGGUUUUCGGGCGGGGGUAGAGCAGGGGGCGGAGCAGGGGAGGGUGCAGGGUGAAAGCGGACUGAUGGAGGAGAGAUUGGGAGAGUUGUUUGAGGACGGGGAGGACGGGAAUCUGGAAUCGGAGGUUGGGGUUCAGGGAGGGUUGGGGGUUGGUAGGUGGAGAGAGGCUGCUUUGUCGGGGGAGAAUCGUAAGACGGUUGCUGAGAUGGGGGGGAGGCAGAUGGGGGGUGGGGGUUAUAUUUCCGAAUCGGAGUUCCAGCUUCAGCCGCAUCCGGGGGUCGUUGGAGGGAGACGGCUGGAUUCUUCGGAGCUGAAACACCCUCUUGAUUAUGAUGGGGAACUUUACAACGCGACUCCUCCCCGAGCUACUAAGGUGCUGAAAAUUGAGCACCCUGAUAAUAGUAUGGGCAUAGUGGAGGAUGUUCAGGCGCCUACGGAAAAUAGAUUGAUUCUGCACAAAGGUCCGUCGGAGGGACUAGCUCAACCCUUCAGUGGAGGCCUGUUUUUGAGUAGCGAUGAGGAGAUUGAUGAGGGGAUGAGAGAUGCUUUUGGCAAGGAUGGGGAGCUUGGCUUUAGUUAUUUUUGAGGGUUGGAUGUUAGCGGGGUGUGUUGUUUGGAUAUUGGCGAGGGUGGAAGAAGAGCGUAGACUGUUGCUGCUUGGGGAUCACCGGGUGGGGAGCAUUUGGAUUUUGAUGAUGAUGGGGGGUAGACGUUGCGAUACUGUCUUUAACUUGGUAGCUAUGGCUAGCUUUGGGACGACGGUGGUUGCGGCGGAAACUUACAAUGUAUAUAGCUUUAGCAGUAGCAG